GAAGACUCGGGUCCCGGCUCGGCUCAGUCCUCCAGCUGCCCCGGGGAAUACCUUUAGCAGUUCUUUCCUACCGCUACCGCCGCCCCGCCGCUUCCUCCUCCGCCCGCCCCGCGCCGGGCUUCUCGGCCCCGCCCCGUCCGCGCCGCGCGUCUGGCCCGCCCGCGGCCCGCUUCUCUCGGGAGCCCCCACCCAGGUGCAUGGCUCCAUGAAGCAGGAGGAGGAGGCAGAGCGCGAGAGGUUCCGUCUGCCCCGGCUGCGUCUGGGCCAGGAGGAAAGGUACAGGAAGAAGGAAUGGAAUCGGAAGGAAGAAAAUUCAUUUCAGAGACAAAAUAGCUCCCCUCCUCUGUUAUAGCUGUUCCCCUGGCAAUACAAACUUUCUGCUUUCAGGUUCCGCAGCAUUCCAGACCUCAAGCACUGGUUCAGGAUGGGAAAAAGACGCUGCGUCCCCCCGCUGGAGCCCAAGCUGGCGGCAGGCUGUUGUGGGGUUAAGAAGCCUAAGCUGUCUGCAGGUGGGACGCACGGUCACGGGAGCCAGUCCACAGCCGUCCCCGGCUCCAGCGUGGGGCCUCUUCAGAACCACCAGCAUGUGGACGGCGGCGGUGGUCGCGAGAACGUGUCGGACUUAACUCUGGGACCUGGAAACCCUCCCAUCACACGGAUGAACCCCGCAUCGGGAGCGCUGAGCCCUCUCCCCAGGCCCAAUGGAACUGCCAGCGCCACCAAGAAUCUGGUGGUGACCGCAGAGAUGUGCUGCUACUGCUUCGACGUCCUCUACUGUCACCUCUACGGCUUCCCACAGCCACGCCUUCCUAGAUUCACCAAUGACCCCUAUCCGCUCUUUGUGACGUGGAAGACAGGGCGGGACAAGCGGCUUCGUGGCUGCAUUGGGACCUUCUCAGCCAUGAAUCUUCAUUCAGGACUCAGGGAAUACACGCUAACCAGUGCACUUAAGGACAGCCGAUUCCCCCCCCUGACCCGAGAGGAGCUGCCUAAACUUUUCUGCUCUGUCUCCCUCCUUACUAACUUUGAGGAUGCCAGUGAUUACCUGGACUGGGAGGUUGGGGUCCAUGGGAUUCGAAUUGAAUUCAUCAAUGAAAAAGGCGUCAAACGUACAGCCACAUAUUUACCUGAGGUUGCAAAGGAACAAGACUGGGAUCAGAUCCAGACGAUAGACUCCUUGCUCAGGAAAGGUGGCUUUAAGGCUCCAAUUACCAGUGAAUUCAGAAAAACCAUCAAACUCACCAGGUACCGAAGUGAGAAGGUGACAAUCAGUUAUGCAGAAUAUAUUGCUUCUCGACAGCACUGUUUCCAGAAUGGCACUCUUCAUGCCCCGCCCCUCUACAAUCAUUACUCCUGACACACGGCUGCAUGACCAGUCCCACCCCCCUGUGGCCACCAAUGGCUAUGACAUCAUUGGAGCAGAUGCCUCCUCUUCCUGGUCCAGUUACUUUUAUUACUGCACCAUUUUAUGAUGCUAGCUUCCGUUGCCAAGUCUGCCUCCAGCUGACUGAGGGGGGCGGGGUUACAUCGAAUGAAACUGAACUUGAGGGGCCCAAGCCUUAUCUCAGCCUUUCCUCAGUAUGGGGUUCCGUUGGAUUGGGGCUCCUCCGUGACUAGUGAGAAUUCCGUGUGGGUUCAGAAGACCUUGACUGCAGGUGCCGCUGGCGAUUUGCUGCCUGUGUGUUGGCCACUCAGUGGAAGCUGGAAUUGAUGGUCCAUGAAGGCUUAGCCCACACACACCCCUGCAGCCUCCCCAGAUCGAGUAGGUGUAUUCAUUCCCCUGGCAGUCUGGGCAACGGAGACCAACAAGAAACGUUUUUAGGUUGUUUUAAAUUCCUUUUUUUAAACUUCCAGUGUAUCGCACACCACGAGUUGAUCUCAGCCUCCGUGCUUCGUAAGGGGACGCCAUGUUAGGGUCGAACGUGGGCACCGUGAGUCGUUUGCGGCUCCUGGACAGAGACCCACCUCAAGAUCGGAAGCCCUUUGGAUGGCGUUGCAGAUCCCAUUGCUCAGUUAGCCUCAAAGGUUUUAAUUCUCAUCCCGCUAUCAGUUGGAUUUUCUGGCACUCUUCCUGCAUUGAGUCUCCUGGUAUGGAACAUAGCGCUGUGGUGUAGCCUGCUGAGGAAUGGACUGGGAUGUCCGCGGGAGGUCCUGAUGGCAUCGCUGCAUGCCGUGUCGAGGGAGAGACCUCUUCCUUACCACCCGGCUACCUCACUCCUCUACUGGUGGCAGUGCCUAUAGCUGGAUCUAGGUUCUCAGAGGGCAGAGGUGUUCAGACAAGCACUUGGGCUGGGCUCUAGGAGGGCACGUCGGCAUAGGAGAGAAUCCAGGGUCUCUAAGCUGUUUUUCUGUUCAGGCAAACAUCCCGAGAGACCUUUAAGCAGAGGAGUUCCUUUUUUCUAGUUUGCCUGUAGAAGUGGGAAAACUGUCACCGUUACAGUCCUUACAGGACUUGAGAACAAAGCUGUGUCAUUAAACAAGGUGAAUCGUUAUCUUGCCUGACAUGCCGGGAAUCUUCCCCCCACCGCGGCAGAGUUCCAAAUAGCUCAUUUUAUUCUAGGUCUUUCAUACUUCCAUGCGGCAUAUUUCCCUUUCUCGUUGUUGCUGAUUCCAAAUACCUGUCAGCAAGUUUCUCCUCCCUCUUACCUAUUCUUCACUCAUGUGGUGGCAAAGUUCAUAGAAGUUGGGGACUUGGAAGACGCUUUGAAAACAUGGUCACAGAGGCACUGCUGAAACGAUUCACAGGAAAAGGUGGCCAGUUGGAAGAAAGGACCCUACGGGUGAUACACUGGUUUUCAACAACGUGUUUAGAGAACUCUUGACGCGGAUUGGGUGUCAACCCAGUGAACACAGUGUUUUGAUUUAAUUUAUUUUUAAUGUUUAUGUGGUAGUGGUGUGGCUUUCCGAAAUGGGCAAAUGUUCAAGUCAGAGGGUCUUUGGAGUUUUCUUCUGCCAGGAACGGGGGAGGGGGAGCAGGGGGACGAUCUAAGGAACGACACACAUGCUGUUCUAGGCGUAGUUGUUUCGUUUCUUGAAGGGAUGGUAAGGGUGAGCAAGGUGAGCUCGGCACCGUCCUCUGCUGUUGGCGAGGGUGUGGAACGGGCCAGGGAAGCGCCGGCUGACGUCUGGAUGCGCGGGCUGGGCUCCUGCACGCCGCCGCCUUUCCCUCGCGGUGUUUGUGAAAACAGGCUUCCGAAGAGGAAGGGAUUGUUUCGUGAUUUCCUGCUGCUGAGAAUAAUAAAUGUCUUGUUGCAAGUAAAUGUGACGGCAGUUACUCUUAGGUGCCAUGGAUCGGUGUCAGGGUGGUCAGCAGCUCUGGACUAAACCGCCCACCUCCAGUUUGUACAACAGUAUUGAUACAUAGGGCUACACUCAUUCCUGUUCGAGUCUUCUAUGUUGAAAGUUGUGUUUAAUUUCUAAAGUUUAAAAAAAGCAAAAAAAAUGGUGCUAAACUUUCACCCCUGAGCACGCUCAGUGAGACUGGUCAUGCAAGCAUUUUCAGUGCCAUGCUCUUUCAAGCCUAUUUUUUCUCGUAGAAAUGUUGCCCUAUUUGUCUUCCCCAACGUAUAGUAUGUUUUUUAUUUUAUUGAGGGUGGGGUAGGAUACCUGCCAUUUAAGAAAAUGAACAGAAAAUUUAAAAACCCAGGAAAUAGGGGGGGAAAAAAAUCAGUGCACAAGAAUCGGGCUCCUGAAGCCCAGCACCACACUGACGUGGGCUCCCUUCACUUUCUGGAGUGAAGAAGCCUGACUCCCUGCACAUUCCCUCACGCCCCCAUCCAAGUCCAGCAGUGGAGAUGCUCGAGGUCCUCUUGCCUUGGCAAGGGGACUCAGGAGUCGACCGAGGAAAACUGGCCCCGUGAGGAAUGGCACUGUCAGUGUCUGUCCCGAAUGGAGCCUAGUCAGGAAGUGGUCUGGAAGUAUACGGUCAAGGUCACCUCCUGAAGAUGUAUGGCAGGUGGCUCUCAGGAAAAAUACUAAGUCUGGAUCAUCCACGUGGCAGCUUUGCGUAGGGAGAUGACAGCUCUGAACUGGAACUGACCUGCCUUCCACGUGCUUGACUACAGCAGUGAUGAGGGCGGCCAGUCCACGUGGUGGGAGUGGUGGGUUUAAAGAGAAGGAAGGUUUUUCUGCUCGGUGUUUCCUUUGUCCUUGGGCUGCUCAAGCUGAACAGUAACCACUGUUUUCAAGGAACCAGCCCCACCUUGGCUGGUUUGGUUCGGAGUUCGUUUCAUCCCUAGCUGUGAGUGCCUUUUGGUCUGGAAGGUUGGCUUGUCUCAUAAUACCCACAGCUAGGACAUUCUCUCUGUAAUUUCAAAUUGUCCUUGUUCUCCAUUAACUAAAAGAGAAUGUCUGAUCACUAGAGUUUGUCGGUGUUGGAUUGUUUCCACUGUGAGGUUCUUAAACUUUUUCGCUUCAUGAUAUUAAAGCAAUUCAUGUUAGAGACCCUUUCAACAUGAAAGGUUUGUAGUUGAGACAUUACAUAUAUUUUAUUGUUUAUAAUAAAUAUCUGUACAAAAGUCCUGGGUGUUAAUUUUAAUAUUUGCACAAGAUCUGUUUUCCAUGAUAUGUUAACACCUAAAAUUUCACUAACUGUCGAUGUUAUUUUCUAUUGAGAUUCUGGAGCCUAGGGAGCUAUUUGUUCUUUUUGUUUAUUUUCAUUCUUAUUUCCCUGAAGCAAGAGACUUUGUAUGGCCUUCAGUGCAAAGACUUUAGACCAAUUCUUUGUAUUACACUUGGUUGCCUCUUGGCUAUAUAACUUCUGAGUGCAAAUCAUUGAACUCUUUAACAAAGUAUUGUAGAGAAUAAAUCAUAAUGGGUAAAA